GCGAGAGCGUCGUGUCCAGGGGCCUGCUUGAUUGCCGCUUGCCGCCGCCGCCGCUUCCGGCUGGAAAGGGGGACGACGCAGAGUGCAGAGUCAGCUGGGCAAGCAGGAGGCGGAGGACGCGCGCGCGCGGGGGAGCAGGACUUUGACACCAGCUGGACAGAAGAAGCCUAGUCCUGCACCGUUGAACUUGCUGCCAUGGGGAACAUAUUUGGCAACUUGCUGAAGAGCCUGAUUGGCAAAAAAGAGAUGCGAAUCCUUAUGGUGGGUCUUGAUGCUGCUGGGAAAACCACCAUUCUCUACAAGCUGAAACUGGGAGAGAUUGUCACCACUAUCCCUACUAUUGGGUUCAACGUUGAAACGGUUGAAUACAAGAACAUCAGCUUCACUGUAUGGGAUGUUGGUGGCCAGGACAAAAUACGCCCCCUCUGGCGACACUACUUUCAGAAUACCCAAGGCCUGAUUUUUGUAGUGGACAGCAAUGAUCGAGAACGAGUAAAUGAGGCACGUGAGGAACUGAUGAGAAUGCUGGCAGAGGAUGAGCUGCGAGAUGCCGUUCUCCUUGUCUUUGCUAACAAGCAGGACCUUCCCAACGCCAUGAAUGCGGCAGAAAUCACGGACAAGUUGGGCCUGCAUUCACUGCGCCAUCGUAACUGGUACAUCCAGGCCACCUGCGCCACCAGCGGAGAUGGCCUCUACGAGGGCUUAGAUUGGCUGGCCAACCAGCUGAAGAACAAGAAAUGAGUGCAGGAGGGAGAGUGGUGGGCUAAGCCCCGCACUGUUGGUUCUACUUUGGGUUGAUCCCCUCCCUCCUGUCCUCCCCUGUCACAUCCUUUCUUCCCUGUUGGGUUUGCUUUUCUUGCCGGCACCGGUUGCUGUUGUGGGUAGGGGGUGGGAGGGGGAUGGUUGGGGCUAACUUUUGAUUUCUCUCUCUCUCUCUUUCUCAUGUUCUGGUUCUACCAGGAUUUUUUGCACGGUCUCUGUGUGUGCGCGUGCGUGUGUGAUAAAUAUAUAUAUAGAGAUAAUAAAAUAUAUGGGUGUGGUGGGAGGGUUGGGACAAGUGGGAGUUGGAUGCCAAUUCUGUGGCCUUUCUUUCUUUCUUUCUUUCUUUCUUUUUCUUUUCCUCUCCCCUAUCUUUUAGUUGGAUCAAUUUUUGUAUUUUUGGUGGUCUGUGAAAUUUGGCUCUCUUUGUUCGGAGGUGACCAAUAUUCCUCAGUGGCAGCUGCUUCUUGCUUUUGUGUGCUGUUGGUGCAGGUUGGUGGAAAACUUCUGUGUCAUGAGGCCAGGAAUAAGGGAAAUGAUGUGUAGCCUCCACAUGUACAGGGGCCGAGGGAGACAAUGAAGGAAGAAGUGGGGGUGGGGGUGGGGGUGGGUGGGAAGAGUAGAAGGAUUUUAGAUUCCCCAGACUAGAGUAUGUAUUCUUGCUGUCCUAUCUGUAUUAGCUAGCUCCCCCUGUUGGCAUUAAUGAGAUUGCAAUCAUAUUGAAUGUCCUGCUCUAUUUCUUGCUACCCAUUUUAUCACCCUGUUCACAGUCUUAUUAAUGACUCAUGCAGUUAGCUCUGUUAUGCUGCUGAUGAGCGGGAUCAUUUGCAUUCCAACCUCUUAGACCAAAUGGCGCUAGAGCCCUGAAUAAUGUCUCCUAAGCCAUGCAAAAAAGAAAAAGAAAAUCCCUUCUCCACCCCUCCCUAAAAGGGAAUCAGCAUUGAUGGGUUGCUGCAGGAGAUUUUUGGGACCAGUGGCUAUCAAAAGCUACCUGAGCAGAUGUUAAUGCCACCCUUGGCUACCUGGCCUGGACUUUCCAUCCAAGGGAUGUAUAUGCACACCUGCAGGGGCAUCCCAGCUGCUAAAUGUUUCCACCAACCAACUUGCUAUUUCUCUUCCCCUUGGAACUCACAGAGGAGGGGGCUCUCUCAUGGCUGCCCUGUUGCAUGAUAUGACCCCAGUGGAGAACCCUCCCUUCCUCCCUCUGCUGCCCUUGGAUUUGUACUCUGGCCCAUGAAGGUUUCUUUUUCCCAUGCUGGGGGAAGUGGCAGAGUCAGGUUUUUUUUCCCCCUCCCUUGUUAAUUUUGGGUAGUAAUGAUUGCCCAGGUCACUGCAUGUAACUUUUGGGUCACUCCCUGCCUCUGGACAGUGUUGGUACUGUGUAUUCCCCUCCCCACUUCGGACAAAUGUGUAUUUAUUCCUCUUUUGCUCUCUCCUUGCCACUUCCCCCUCAAAACCUCAGCCCCCUUUGCUUGGUGUAAGUGGUUUCCUUUCCCCUUAGUUCUGAUUUCUUUAUACCUUGGGCCAUGGCUCCCUGUUUGUGUUCUUCUCGCCCCCCCCCCCGCCCUUCUUUGAACAGUUGGAUGCACCGUGACCUCUGUGCACUCCCAUUGGAUAUUAAACUCGUUUUAUGUAGCUACCGUCUCCUAUCUGCUCUUUUUCCAUUGGUUGGUAUGGGGGAGGUGGAUGAGCGUGACACCGUUCAUAACUCAGAAUGGUUGUUUCCUUUCUAUUUCUGUCGCUGGAACACACAGCUUAGAGACUUAAAUCAAAUCAAACAUUCAGUAGGAAAUGCAAGUUCUCUGAAUUGAGAUUUGAGUAUCUCCUGUCUUUUCUCAGCUUGAGUUGAGAGUUGAAAAAUCUGUUUUAAGAGUUGUCUUAACUUCUGGGAGCAUGCCAUGAAUCAAAGGGCUUGGGUGGGUUAAGGGGUUCCAUGUAGAGGAUGCUGAGCUUCUACACAUGACCAGAACACAGUGAUCUUUGCUUCCUUCUGUCUCUCCCGCUGACAACUCCAUAUUAACUGGUGACUUUCAUUUUGAAUCCUCAUUUCUCUUCCCUGUCUCCCCCCACCCCCCUCACAUUUCCUGCCUUCUCUUUAGCAUCAAGGUCCUUUUGGCCAGAGUUGGGUUGCUCAGGAGCGGUGAUGGACAUGCAGGCACUAUUUUAAUUAGAAACAGCUUAACAGAGAGCUGCAUUUCUCUGAGAUGGGGGUGUCUUUAAUCCAAAGUGGCAUUUAGCCCCCUCUCUUCCUGUAUUGAGGAGAGAUAUUGGAUGAGUUGCUAAAUCCCAUUAGUUACUAAUCCAAGAAGGCAGCUUGUCCACGCUGAGGACAUCAGAUUGGGCUCUCUGUUCCGCUCAUUGCUCCAAAAUGAGGGUGCAUCAGGCCCUAAAAUUGCUUCCCAUACCCAAACCUGCUUGUCUGCAUAAGAACCUUGUUUCCUUGUUUGGUGCCUGUGAGAGAAGCUGAUUGAGGAGGCCUGAAAGGGAGGUAACAACUGUGUGCUUAAUCUGUGGAGACAGAAAAGCUUUGUUUCUUCGUUUCCUUGUGUCCUGCCUUCCACUGUCAAUUGUCAAAUAAUCAUGAGACACUGGAAUGCCAAGGUCCCUGAAUUCUGGGACCAGCUUUCACUCUUAGAAUUUCCUAGAAAAUUCUUUUUCCCAGGAGGGCUAUCUGUCCAUCUGCCCAAUUAAAACUGGCAUUGGGAUUGUACAACCCCUGAAAAGACCUUUUCUUUUUAAAAAAUCUAUCAGAAAGACCCCAGAUUGUCCUUGAAUUCCCUUUGCAUAGCAUGAAAUUCUAGGCGGUGUUAAAUUGUGUGCAUUUGAGCUGUGUGGCAUGUUAGCGGAAUCUACGGACUAAAUACUUGAAUAUAUCCAAUAUAUAUCCUUCAGCCUGCCCAUUACAGGGAAAUAUUCUGGAUGUAUGUUAUCUUAAGGAAGCUUAAUUAUUUUUAGGAACCUUGUCAUAAAUGGGACACUGGCUAAAAUCAUUUAUUUCAUAUCCAUUCUGCCUUCUCUAUUGGUGCAGGAAAAUAUCAUCUGUUGACAGUAAAUUGAGUUAUGUCCAGGGAGUUCACAUAAGCACCCUCAAGGAAUUGGAAGAGUCCUGAAUUUGGCAAUUCACACGGUGUCUCUUUUCAGCAAUCUUGAAUUAUGUUUUUGGAGUUAAAAGUUUGCUGCCCCUUACUCAGGCUUUUGAGCUACCCUGUUGCAACUGGAGAGUUCAUCCCAUUAAACAUUGUUUAAAAUAA